CAUAACCGCAUUAGGCUGCACAGGUGCUUGCCCGCCUCUGAAGUGUUGUGCUGUGGAGAAGCAGUGCAGUGACGUGUGCCGUGUGAAGCGUGGUUCGUGGUUCAGUAGAUGCCGACGCGUUCGCGACGUGUGUGCCAUUCGAUCAAUCUAUUCGAUAACCUCGUGUCCAAGUUGUAAACAGUGCACCACGAUAUUUGGAGGACAUGCACUUAACCGAUAACUUUGAACAAGCUUAAUGAAACGUGAGAUCUUAUAAUAUAUAGUGCAAUCAUUAUUUUUACGAUCUGUCCAAGACAGUUAAUUUGAAUAGAAGAGAAAAAUAGAAUCGAACGUGCAUUAUCCAAAAACGUUUCACAAAGUGCAGGUGUAUCAACUGCGGGUAGUUAUGGUUGCGCUCAAAUGGAAUUCGCGCGAGAGAAGACUGAUUACCUCUCGGUCAACAUGCGUUGAGGUCGCUUGUAGUUAUUGCCAUACAAUAUCAGUUUCACUGGUGUUGUUGUUAAUCUUGGCUUGCGUUGGAUGCAGUGGACAAAUAACACGAAGAUUUCCAGCUGAUUUCCGGUUUGGUGUUGGAUCCUCGUCCUAUCAAAUCGAAGGAGGAUGGAACGAGGGUGGCAAGGGAGAGUCCAUUUGGGAUCGGAUGACACACCGGUAUCCGGAGAAGAUCGCAGACGGCAGUAACGGAGACGUUAGUGCGGAUAGUUAUCAUAAUUGGCGUCGUGAUGUCGAGAUGGUACGCGAGCUAGGCGUUGAUAUCUAUCGUUUCUCACUUUCAUGGCCUCGCAUUUUACCGAGUGGGUUUGUUAACAGUGUUAGCAAGAGCGGAAUACGAUACUAUAGUGGCCUUAUUGAUGAAUUGCUCAAGUAUAACAUAACUCCGAUGGUGACAUUGUAUCAUUGGGAACUACCACAACGAUUGCAGGAUCUUGGAGGUUGGACAAAUCCAGAACUAAUUACUUACUUCAUGGACUAUGCCAGAGUUGCUUUCGAACAGUUCGGCGAUCGGGUUCAGCUUUGGACCACCUUCAAUGAGCCAUGGCAUGUUUGCGAACAAGCGUAUGGAAUCGAUUUCAUGGCUCCGGCACUGGAUUAUCCCGGAAUAGCUAGCUAUUUGUGCGGACAUAAUUUACUGAAAGCUCAUGCGGAAGUUGUUCAUAUGUACCGUCGAAUUUUUUUCCCGAAGCAGCAUGGAUCAAUUGGUAUUACGACCGAUAUCUCUUGGCCGGAACCAAUGACUAACAGUGAAGAAGAUCGGGCUGCUUCUGAAAUUAGUUUGCAGUUUUACGUUGGCUGGUUCGCGCAUCCCAUUUUUUCGGAGAGCGGAAACUAUCCACAAGUUAUGAUUGACCGGAUAGCUGCUUUAAGCAAACAGCAGGGCUAUUCUCGAUCACGGUUACCAAGAUUUUCCCAGGAAGAGAUUGAGCGAAUUCGGGGAACAGCAGAUUUCUUUGGAAUUAACUCAUACACUUCGGUGUUAGUACAAAAAAAUGAUCGAAAUAAUUCAGCAAAAUUCCCGGUGCCCUCGUUCAACCAUGAUAUGGGAGUUGUGGAAUCCAGUGAUCCAACUUGGCCCAAAAGUGGCUCUGUGUGGUUGCAUGUUGUGCCUUCUGGGAUGAACAAGUUACUGAACUGGAUUCGAAAGGAGUACAAUAAUCCACCGAUUUAUGUAACGGAAAACGGUGUCAGCGAUCGAGGUGGAACUAAUGAUGUGAAACGAAUUGACUAUUUUAAUUCAUAUCUCGAAGCGGUCCUGGAUGCAAUCGAGGAUGGUUGCAACGUUCAGAUGUACGUGGCGUGGAGCUUGAUGGACAGCUACGAGUGGAAGGCCGGAUUUACUGAGAAAUUUGGUCUCUACCAUGUAGAUUUUACCAGUCCAAAUAAAACGCGGACUCCGAAAGCAUCGGCCAAAGUAUAUGCCAACAUUGUUCGAACUCGCCACAUCGACUGGAGCUACCGCCCCGCACCGGAAGUGAUGAUCCGUGCUCCUUCUUCGUAUCGAUCGAACAGUACCAUCAAGGUUCCUGUGAUAUAUUUGCUAAUUACGACUUUAGCAAUCGUGCUCAAGGUGAUCUAUAGUAGUUAGUGUAGUAGCUGUGAAAUCUCAGAGUACCACUCAAGUAUUUAAACCUUCUGAUAUUAUGUAAAUAAACAUUUUUAAUUAUUAGUAA